GUGCUAUUAGACUUUCUCUCGCUCAGCGCGCGCCACAUAAACAAAGGCACAUUGCAAUUUAAGCUCAGCGCAUCCUCUCCGUUAACGCCGACUCUGUUAGUGGAGCUGACAGAACCACGGAAUACUUUUUUCUUCUUAGCUAAGAGGAAAAUCAGUCAAAUAAUAUUUUUAAUGACAAAUCCAUCAACUUUUGCGACUUUAAAACCAACUUCCAUCCAACCACUAUUUUCAGUUUUUACAAAUUUCUGUUGGAUAUGCACAAGGAAUUAUUAAGGCUUUACAAACAUAUGUAAAGACGGAACCUCAACAGAAAUCAAACAGCGGUUCGGAAGAGCGCCUGCAGCUCAGGUCUGAGUCCCGGCUCCCGGAUCCCUCUCCCGCCGCGUGCGCUGAAGUAGCCUCCAACCCCAGACGCGUGCAGCCUCCAGCCGAGACACCGAGCACGAUUCAGCGAGCAAAAGGCCAAGCAGAUCUAUGGCACUCUGACAAUGAACAAGCGAUCACAGUUAUUGGAACAGCUGCAUUUUGUCCAUCUAAAAUGCACACCUCGAGACAUGCCCUGCGUUCAGGCCCAGUACGGCCCUGCACCUCAUGGGUCCAGCUACUCCGCCCAGUCCUUUGGUUACCAUGGUGACUACAGCGCUGACCUCAUGGCGACAGACUACGCGAAGUGUGAGCUCGGCGGGGGCGAGAUCUCGGCGGCCGCCGCCACUACGUCCCUGCCCAGUUUUAAUGUGUUUGUGGAGGGUGGCUUCGAGCCGAAACCCUCCUGUCUGUAUCAACUCCCUCCUCAACGCCCUAUCAUCAAGAAGGAGGUGGAGCCUUACCCACCCAUGGCAGCAUCCGACGAAGCAAUAGCUGGAAGCUCCAUGUACUUUAAGCAGUCGCCCCCUUCAACGCCCCCCACGCCGCUUCACCCCGGGCCACCCAGCAACUCUUUCUUGUGGGAUGAACACAGUCUUCCCCCUGUGCCCCAGCCUUGCUUGAUUGAAGGCCCAUUGAAGAGCCCUCGCUUCCCUCAUUUCUACGAGCAGACGGCCCCACCGUCCACCAGCGGCUACGAUGCCCCCAUCGGCCUUCCGCUGCGCCCUGAACGCUCUCCGUCGUCCUCCUCUUCGUCUUCACAUGUGCCGCCCAGCCUGGACACACACUCACACGUGCACUCCCAUACACACUCGCACUCGCACAUGUACCCGCUGAACAUGGGUAAGCCGGGAGGCCUGGCGUUCCGCUCUCUGGGCAUGGGCCCGUGCCCGCAACUCCUGGGAGAGAGUUUGCCAUCGCCGCCCAAUCGCAGCAGCUCCGGAGAGGGUACCUGUGCGGUGUGCGGGGACAACGCAGCCUGUCAGCAUUAUGGUGUGCGCACCUGUGAGGGCUGCAAAGGCUUUUUUAAGAGGACGGUGCAGAAGAAUGCAAAGUACGUGUGUUUGGCCAGUAAAAACUGCCCUGUGGACAAAAGGAGAAGAAAUCGCUGCCAGUACUGCCGCUUCCAGAAGUGUCUCAGUGUAGGCAUGGUGAAAGAAGUGGUGCGCACAGACAACCUUAAGGGGAGGAGAGGUCGCUUGCCGUCUAAACCAAAGAGUCCCCUGCAGCCAGAGCCCUCGCCCCCAUCCCCUCCUCUCAGCCUGCUGAACGCACUAGUGCGGGCCUAUUCCCAAUCUACACCACGAGAACUAGACUACAGUCAGUUCAGUGCGGUGGAGCCAGUGGGUCUAUCUGAGUCUCAGCAGAUCCAGAUGUUCUACAGAGUGCUAACCGGCUCCAUGGAGGUGACGCGCUGUUGGGCCGAACGGCUGCCUGGAUUCUCUGAGCUUCACCACAAUGACCAGAACCUGCUCAUUGACUCUGCCUUCCUUGAGCUUUUUGUGCUUCGCCUUGCCAACAGGUCUUUGCUGGCGGACGAGAAGUUCGUGUUUUGCACGGGCCUGGUCCUGCACCGGCUACAAUGUCUGCGUGGCUUCGGAGAAUGGCUGGACUCCAUCCGAGACUUUAGCGCUCACCUGCAGGGUCUCAACCUCGACAUGCCUGCGUUCUCCUGCCUGUGUGCCCUAGUGCUGCUCACAGAACAAUGUCCUGGUCUAAAGGAGCCCAAAAAAGUGGAGGAACUGCAGUCCAAACUAAUCUGCUGCCUGCGAGAUCAUCUGAGCUCGGUUUGCGCAGGAGGUGUGGCUUCAACUGGCAAGGCCACACCCCCAGUGGGAGCUGUUCUGGGCUUGAGGGCGGAGCUUCGAUCUCAGCGUACGCAAGGCUUACAGAGGAUCUUCUACCUGAAGCUUGAAGACCUGGUCUCACCCCCGCCACUCAUCGAUAGGUUUCUGGACACCUUGCCCUAUUGAUAUCCACGCCCACUUUUGCAGACCACUGACACGCCCACAAGCUCAUUCAGACACGCCCACAGCAGCUAUAAACUCACCCUGGGAAGGGACGGAGCCAAUAGCUAACAGCGAUACUGAACUCGAUUUCCCACGAGUCCCCAAAUCCUCACAGGAAGCAAACGUGUCUGAGGAGAAACCAAUCAUAUAAACGCUUUUAAUCUCUGCUCUGCGCCUGAUAGUGUAGAUACGAGGCAGGGUUUGAGCUUAUCUGACGUAACACGCACUGGGAACGAGAGCGACGCCUAUAGCUCAGUGUGCCACGUCAGGAUGGAGAAGUAUUACGAUGUGAGAAUGUGUGUAAGUGCGCACGUGCGUCUGAGAACGCACACUUUACGGCUCCUUUGCAGGCGGUCCAAAAGUUCCACCACAAGAAUCCACCUCAAUGACAGCAGUUGUGUUCAUCACAAACAUACACUCACAGACACACAAGAGCACGCGAACUGUCCUUUCACACAUACGCACGGAUCCAAAAUGGCAGCUUCAGGUGCCAGAUUAUGACGUAUCAUCUGUCGUUGGCAGAAACGAAGUGGAUAUGUGUGUGUGAAAACAUGUAGGAGUGUCUCUGAGGGAGGCUUUCGCCACAAAGAGUGCAUUAAUGUCCAGAAUCACAGUUGAUCGCACCCCAAAAACCUGCAAACAAGUGCAAUUUACUAAGUGCUAUUGUAAAUGACGAGAAAGAGAGGAGAGAAUGAGAGAGUGUGUGUGUGUUUGUUCCAGUCCUAUUUCAAACUCUAAAUUAUUUUAAUACUAAGACUCGCCUUGUAAGGUAAUGGUUUCAAUUGAGAUGAUUUAGCCCAGUCUGCGCACUAACUUUUGAAAGACGAAGUUCCACAGACUUGAAAUUACUUUAGUUUUCAUUAUUAUUGUUAUUACUAUUAUGAAGAAAAAAAACAAGGGAUAUUAGCAUUAGGAUAACAAACUAAAAAGAAUAGAAUUGGGCUUUGAGCACUUAAAAAACAGGAAGAGGAGGAGGAUAAGAGAGGGCCAGUGAGAUGCAGGUGCAGAGAGAGGAUGGAAGGAAUUAAACAUUCCGCAUUCGUGCUCAUUUUUGUAUGUUUAUACUGUCUUCACCAUUUAUUAAUACGGAGGACAUUGUUGCAAAAAUGUCUUUUAUAUGUACAACAAAAAAGUAAAAACGGAUUAUAUGCAUGGUUUUCUCCUUCUCGCCUGUGCUUGUAUUUAUUUUGCAAAGACUGCCGGCUCAACAAGGGCUUGAACACACGUACUGACUGGGCGUUCUCGCUUACUUUAUCAUAUGGCAGCAGUUUGAACAGAUGAGAAAGUACAAAUUAUAUAAAUAUAUAAAUAUAUAUAUAUAUAUACACAAUACAAAACUAAUAUUUUGAAGUGUUUUUAUCUGAUAGCUUUUUCAAAUCUUGUGGUACAAGUUGUGCAUUGUUUUUUGGAGAAGAAACAUGACAAAAAAAAACAUGUUUUUCAAUGUCUCUUGGUUUGUUUAGUUUUUUUUCUCUUUGGUUCACUGGAGGCUCUGUUCAGCACUUUGAAAUCAUAAAAAAACCUUCUGAUUAUUUGA